AUGAUGUUGGACCUUUUACCGGAAGCGCGCGAGGACAUGGAAGAUGCGCUAGAAGACUAUGGUUUUAAAACGGAAUAUCCACUCACGGAACUGCUAGUAUGCGUUGGAUUCUUCUUCAUGUUAAUCGUUGAACAUCUUGCACAUUUUUGCUGCUCCCCGAGAAACGUUGAACCAUCAAACGUGGCGCAUGCUGAACAAGAACACAAGCAAGAAUCUUGUAUUGACGAUUCUUUCAUUCAGCCGUGUGGUGGAAUAAAAAACGCCGGUUACGACCAACCAUCGGACAAGUCUGAAUAUCCUACAGACAAGUUCACCACCAACAGAACCGCCAUGAACAACAAGAGCGUUGCAUUUAUCAGCCAUGGCUACAAGAAGUCAGGCAACGCAAAAACUGAAUCGACAAUCGCACAAUCUGCCGCAAACGAUACCAUGGAGACAACCACAAAAGACACAAAACAUUCAACAAUAAGGGGAAUAGGCCUUAUGAUAGCUCUUUCAAUUCAUAUGCUUUUCGAUGGCCUCGCAAUAGGCAUGUUGACAGAGGCCUCGGAUGUUUGGCAACUUCUGGUCGCAAUUGCUACUCACAAGUGCCUCGUUUUUUUCACGAUCGGUCUUAAGUCCGUGGAAAUGUUGUCGUCUGCUAAGAAAGCCGCUUGCGUUGUCCUUUACUUUGCCGUUGUUAGCCCGAUCGGCGUUCUUGUGGGUGAGGCAAUACACACCUCCGAUGACGCUACCGGUCGGGACACCGUAACGGCCGUCCUUCAAGGAAUCGCCACGGGAACAUUCCUUUUCGUGACGUUCUUCGAGAUCCUGUUACGUGAACUUGGUUCACAUAACGCAACGCUACUGAAAAUCGUGUUCAGCUUUGUUGGAUUUGUAUGUAUGGCAUGCGUUCGUUUGCUCGCAGGAUAA